AUGACGAAUGCUUUUAUAGUUUUAGUUGUAAUAUGUUUAACGGUAGUAGAGGCACAAAAACAAGAAAAUAGUAAUAAAAGACCAACAAGAAAACAGUCGGGCAAUAAAAGAGGACAACAGCAGUCAAUUAAAGAAAAAUUUAAGAAGAAAAAUGAAAAAUUUAAACGUUUUGUUAUAACCGAUAUCCCAGGAGUUGGCAAAGUAAGAGGUAGAAGAUCAAUAACAGCAUGGACACACAAACAUAUGUAUGAAUAUUUUGAUAUAAAAUAUGGUGAAACAACAAGUGGAAAAAAUCGUUUUAAAGCACCAAAAGCAGCUAAAGAAUGGACUGGAUUACGUUCUGCUGUAGCACCAAGACAUGGUUGUCCGUCUCUAGCUGAUAUUGAUUUAGUUGAGGAAGCAGAAAUUCAAGAAUCUGCAGAUUACGAAGAUUGUUUAACACUCACAAUCAGUACAAAAUCGCAUAGUGCUAAGGCACCAGUCUUAGUUUAUAUUCAUGGUAAUUAUUUAUAUGAUGGAAAUCCAAUUGAAGCUAGUCCAGAAUAUUUACUUGAAAAAGAUGUUGUAUUAGUUUCGGUACGUUAUCGUCUUGGACCUUUUGGUUUCCUAUCAACAAUGACUGAACAUAUUCCUGGAAAUGCUGCUGUUAAAGAUGUUAUUUUAGCAUUAGAAUGGAUACAGCAAAAUAUUUAUGUAUUUGGUGGUGAUCCAGAUAGUGUUACGCUUUUUGGUCAAGUUGGUGGUGCUUCCAUGAUCAAUAUAUUGACAAUGAGUCCAAUUGUACCAGAUGGUCUAUUCCAUAAAGUUAUUUAUCAAUCUGGUUCAGCUUUAACACCGGCACUAACAACUGAUGAUCCACUUGAAUUUGCAAAAGAAAUUGGAAAACAAGCAAAAUGCCCGAAUGUUAACUCGGUUGCAAAAUUAAAUAAAUGUUUAAUGAAAAUGAAUGUUACUUCAAUAUUAGAAGCAUUUAAUAAUCAAGGAUCAAAUGAUACUGAUUACGGUAUAACGAAAUUUGGAGGAACUCAAUUUGUAAUCGGUGGUCCAAGUGAAGUUCUGCCAGAUUUUCCAGGAAAAUUGAUUCAAGAAAAAAAAAUUAAAUAUUAUCCAACAAUGGGAGGUGUAGUUAAAAAUCCUGGAACAUUUAUAUUAAGAGAUUUAUAUGAGGCACAUUUCAACUUUAGUGUGCCAGAUGAUAAACUGACUGGACCGCAAUAUCUUGAUUAUAUUAUUGAUCAAACAAAUGGUGAGGAUCCUACAGGACAAUGGAAAAAAUUUGCUAUGAAAGAAUUCUUUACGAAAGAAGAACUUGACAAUGGAACAUUUGCAGUACUUCUUCCAGGAAUAAUAGAUAUGUGCAGUACAAUACCUUUUAAAAAUCCAGUUCUUCUUGCUCUUCAAGCAAAUGCUGAAAAAAUGCCAGAAAAUACAUUCCUUUAUACUUUUAAUUAUGAAGGUGAAUAUCAUUCGUUCCAAUCGAGUAUUGAUGAUAUUGAUGAUUUGCCAUUCGAUAUGGGUGUUUCACUUACCGAUGAAAAUAUAUAUUUAUUCCGUUGGCCAAAAUCUGCAAGCUUCUUAAGUAAUAGAGAUUCAAGAAUUGCUAAGCUAAUGGUAGAAUUAUGGACAUCAUUUGCUGCGAAUGGUGUACCAUCAUCAAAUCGUGCUCCAGAAUGGCCACCAAUGACAAAAGGCAGUGGACCGUAUAUAAAAAUUGAUCGUGUUUCAACAAUCGGACAAAAUUUCUUAGAUGAAUAUUCUGCUGCUGUACGAGAAGAAAGAAUGGGUUUAACUUUAAUAUCAGAAAAUUAUUUUGAAAGUCUUGCUGUUGAAAAGCAACAUGAACAAGAAGAAGCGGCCUUAGCAGAAAAAGAACAAAAAGAAAAAGAAAAUGAUGCAAAUAACGAUAAUGAUGAAGAUUAUGGUGAUGAAAAACCAAAACUUAAUUUUAAAAAUAAAAAUGCAGACAAUGAUGACGGUGAUUAUAAUGACGAUGAUAACGAAUCAGAAAGAAGUUUAUUAAAAAAUGCUAAACAGAGAGAAAACAUUGUAAUUGCUGGCAGAAAUGAAUGA